GAAGCCUGAGAAAAAUCUAAGACUUUUUCAUUUUUGGGUGUAGAUACCCUUUAAUGCAAGUGGCAAGAGCCUUGCUUGGUUAGUGGUGUCUCUGUAGCACACAUGUGAUUGCAGAGUUUGCUGAACAAAUCACAACUGGAUUGACGCAAAUAAUCAUGAUAUCAUUCUGCCAGGUAGGCAUCGACUACUUUGUAGCUAACAUUUAAUUGACAAGUUUUUCGGGAAAGUUUUUCCAUCAACCAGAAGAUGGCUGUCAUUAGCAUCAUCGCUAACAGCUAAACAUAGUGGUAGACAAAUGCACUCAGACAGGGGCAUUUCUGGGCUGUUUCCUCUUCAGAAAGUUGAAGGAAAAUACAAAUCAUUUAGGCAAAUUUAACGACGGCUUGCAGGCAGUGGGUUCAGAAUAUCUAUGACAAAAAAUGAAUACUCUUUAAUCUGUCACCUAAUGGGCAGGUCAGCCCUGGAGUAAAGUAUUGGCUGUAAGAAGUAAGAGAAAACAUAACAUCUGGUUGUUUUUAAAUGACUACUUAUGACAUUGCUUGCCAGAAUAAACAUUGUAAUUAAUAUUUUUCCAAUCUGCGUUACCCACUCCAGUCAGCAGAUGGCGAUGUGAGUAUUUCAGGUGAUGCUUCUUGCGUGACGUAUAAUCUAGUGGACGGAACUGGGGGCUUCUUCAACAGCGACAAAAGGCUUCUGAUUCAACCAACGCGGUUGUUUGCUAGCGAACAUAAAACUGAAACGUUGAAGCUCUUUGCUAUAUUACUCUUACUGUUUUGAAUGUAAUUCUGUUUACUUAACUACUAGUUCAUUUUAACGUAAUUUGCUAAUCGACCAGAACAUGAGCUCACAAAGUCUCUACUGAGAAAGAAGCUCUGGUGAAAGGAGAGGAAGAAGCUUUCAGGAUGAAAAAGGAGGAAGAGGAGGAUGAUAUUACAGUGAAAGAGGAAUAUGGGAAAGAGGUUGUCAAAGUGGAAAAAAGGGUAGAAUCUUUCAGAAUCAAAAAGGAGGAAGAUGCCAUAUCAUUGAAAGAAGAGGAAAAACAUUUUGGAGUAGAAGAGGAAGCGGAGGCUAUCUAUAUAAAAGAGGAGGAAGACGGUUUGGAAGUGAAAAAGGAGGAGGGGGCUGAAGAUCGGAUUACUACCAGAGAGAGACGUGACUAUCGUGGAUCCUUUGGGGAGCCUCAACAACAUCCUGAUGCUGACGAGACAGAGAAGAGUCUCUCCAGAUCAGAACACCAGAUGGACAACGCUAGCCCUCCCUCCCUCCCGGAGUCCCUGUGUCGUGCCUCUCCCGGUAGCACCUUACUGCUGGGUAUGAAGAGGUUGUCUGUGCUGCUGGUGGACUGCAGGAAAACAACGGAGCUGAGUGGAACUGUGAGAGGAGGAGAAGAGAAGAAAGGAUCAGAUUUGACACAUCAAAGAGGAAAACUAAACUUGGACGAACCAAAGACGUCCAAACCAGCAAGUCGACACCUCUGCUCCCAAUGUGGAAAGAGUUUUAGUCACUUUGGAAACAUGAAAGCUCAUGGGCAAAUACACACAAGGGAGAAGCCUUACCAUUGCUCCCAGUGUGGAAAGAGUUUUAGCCAUUCACGGAGCCUGAAAAAACAUGCGAUAAUACACACAGGGGAGAAGCCUUACCACUGCUCCAAGUGUGGAAAGUGUUUCAACCAGCCAGGGAAGCUGAAACAGCAUGAGAGAUCACACACAGGGGAGAAGCCUUACCACUGCUCCCAGUGUGGCAAGUGUUUUAGCGAUUUAGGGAACCUGAAACGACAUGAGAGAAUACACACAGGGGAGAAGCCUUACCACUGCUCCCAGUGUGGCAAGUGUUUUCGCGAAUUAGGGGACCUGAAACGACAUGAGAGAAUACACACAGGGGAGAAGCCUUACCACUGCUCCCAGUGUGGCAAGUGUUUUAGCGAAUUAGGGAACCUGAAACGACAUGAGAGAAUACACACAGGGGAGAACCUUACCACUGCUCCCAGUGUGGAAAGUGUUUCGACCAGUCAGGGAAGCUGAAACGGCAUGAAACAAUACACACAGGGGAGAAGCCAUACCACUCCUCCCAGUGUGCAAAGCAUUUGCCCAUUUAGUAAGCUUGAAAGAACACAUGAGGCUGCACGCAGAGGAGAAUGCUUACGAAAGCUCAGACUGUAGGAAAACAUUUUACUCAUAACAGUCACUUAAACGUCAUUAGAGAAUCCACACAGGAGGGAGAAAUUACUUCUCUUAGCGUGUAUAUUGAUAUUUCACAUCACAUUGACUUAAAAUUCAUCAGAGAACAUACACAGUGCUCCCGUUGUCUUAUAUUGUUGACUGAUAAUGUGUUUACCUGUUUUUACCAUAUGAAAUUGCUUCUUCCAAUUAUUGAUAAACCUGUACCUGUUAAGAAA